GGCAUGCUGAAACUGCAAAACUGAGAAAGCAACAACUGAUACAACUCCCUUUGGAACCUCUAUAAUCUGCACGGUUUGAUCUUUACUUUGAAGGCAUGACAAAGGACAUAUGCCACUUUUCCUCAUCUUCAACUUGAGAUUAAUAUGGAGAUCAUGAAUCGAACGGGCACGAUGAGGAAACAUAGACGAAAAUCUACUUUGCGUAGCAAUGGCUUUUCUUGCAAUGAACACUAGCAUUUCCAUGGGAUUCAUUCAGUACAACCCUAUGAUACUAACACAACAGAAAGAUACAACUGUUUCAAUCAAAAUUCACCUUCUUGUUAGUUAGUUAGUACCAGCCAUCAAGGCCUCCUCCAAAUUUCAGCUCUCCAAAAUUAUGUGUGUUUACAAUCUGAUCCCUCACUUACUUAGAUUGUUGACAUAGAAAAAUAUAAGUGACCAUUUUGUAACACGAUUAAGUUGAGUGCCAUUCUUGUCAAUUUAACCAACCGGAACUUCGUCGCCCUUUAAUUCUCAAAAAUCCCCAAUCGUUCGACUCAUUCUUCUACAUACCUCCGGGCUAAGAUCUGCAGUGAUAGCAUUCGAAUCAAUCAAACCACGGAGAAGCGAGUAAAAUAUCAUCCAUGGCUACGGAGCAGAGUUUCCAAGUUCGCAAGCUACAGCUAUCAGACAAAGGAAAAGGAUUCAUCGAUCUCCUGCGACAGCUCAGCGUCUGCGAUCCCAUCUCCGACGAGGAUUUCGAGGCCAGGUUUCAGGAGCUGAGCUCCCAUGGCGACGACCACCUCAUCUGCGUGAUCGAAGAUGAACGGCAGGGGAAGAUUGUAGCCACCGGCUGCGUUUUCGUCGAGAAGAAGUUCUUGAGGAACUGCGGCAAGGUCGGACACAUCGAGGACGUGGUGGUCGAUUCAGGCGCCAGAGGGUUGCACUUGGGGAAGAAGAUUGUGGAGUUUCUCGCCGACCAUGCGCGGUCCAAAGGUUGCUACAAGGUGAUUCUGGAUUGUAGCAGCGAGAACAAGGCGUUCUAUGAGAGAUGUGGGUUCAAGGAGAAGGAAAUCCAGAUGGUUCAGUAUUUUGUUUAGAACUGUUAAGAAUUGAUCUCCAAUUCUCCAUUGUAAUGUUCUUUCUGCCUGGUAAUUGUUUUGAAUUGGAACUGGCAAGAAUUUUGGUUAAACCUUCACUGUGCCCGAGAUGAAACGGCGUCGUAUCCGAAUUGCGACUGCGUACCUCCUCACCUGCCAACUGCCAUUGAAAAAGUAAAACUAAAAAGGAAGA